AUGGCUACUGAUCACUUACACAAUCCUUAUAAUCCCUAUUUUUCACAUGCCAAUGAAAAUCCUAUAAUUGUACUCGUCUCGCCAGUUUUGACUGGUUCCAAUUAUCAUGCUUGGGCUUGUGCUAUGAAGAUGGCGCUUGCUUUGAAGAAUAAAUUGGAUUUCAUUGAAAGGACACUUCCAUGUCCACCUACAACUAAUGCUUUGUACUCAACUUGGAAGCGUUGUAACACAAUGGUGUUAUCAUGGCUUACACGAUCGCUAUCUCCUCAGAUUGCACAGAGCAUUAUAUGGCUUGAUAAAGCAGUUGAUGUUUGGAAUGAUCUUCAAGAGAGGUUUUCUCAAGGAGACUUAAUUCUUAUAGCUGAUUUACAAGAGGAAAUUUCUUGCUUCAAGCAAGCCUCAGAUAUUGAUGUUAGAGUCUUUGCCUUCAAUAAACAAGGUUUUCUCUUUGGUGAUACAAUAAGAACGACAAAACAGUAUCAUAGUCAUGAGGAGUCUAAAGCUUUGUUUAAUAGAGCUUUUAAGAACAAUUUUGGACUUGAAAAUGCUGCAAGUUUUUCUGGUUAUGGACUGAGUAAUGGUCCUAGAUUUUACAGCAAUGGUGCAAACCCUUCUGGUUAUGGCUUUAGUAAUGGACCAAGACUUCUUUGUUUUCCAGCUGGUACCAGGCCUCCUAAUUCUGCACACUCUUCUAUUUUUAGACCUCGAGCUAAUUUUUCUGGCUCAGGUCCUGUUAAAGUUUGUAGCUACUGUGGAAGAUUCAAGCAUACUGUUGAGAAUUGUUAUUGGAAACAUGGCUUUCCUCAUGGCUUUAAGUUUCAAGAUUCUGCACCUGCUAAUACUUCAGUUCAUGUUGUUGUUACUGAGGCAAACCAGAAUUCUAGUGCAGACUCUUUUAUUGCAACUCUAGAAUCCAACUUCACAUUUACAGCCACACAAUAUCAGAAGUUAAUGUCUUUGAUUCCAGAGGAACCUUCUGCUACAGUGUCUAUACCUAUUUCUACUCAGCAUGCUACUGUGAGUUCCAUUUCUGAUCAUUCCCAGCCACCUAUUACUGAAUCUCUUAAUAAUCCUCAACGUAAUCCUUUUCCUUCUGCCCUAACAAAAUCUAAUACUUGGAUUUUAGACACUGGUGCUACUGACCAUAAGAAGAUUGGUUCAGCUAGAGUGCAAGAUGGAUUGUAUGUUCUGCUCCAACCACACCUAUUCACUACAACUAAUGCUGCUUCCAUUUUCAAUAUUACUUAUAUUUCAAAUAGAUCAGUUUCAUUUCCACAGUCAAAUUUGUGGCAUUUUAGACUAGGAUAUCCAUCUUAUCAUAGAUUACAAGCUAUUCAUAAAUCUGCACCUCUUGUUAUUGUUCUACUGAUAUACAUAAAUGUGAAAUUUUCCCUUUAG